AUGCUAUCAGUAGAUCCAUACCAACAAAAACAACAACAGCUCCAGAAAUUGCGACAAGAUGCAGAUACUGCAGCGGUAAACAAACAGAUUGAGCAAGCUAAAGCCAAAGCUAAAAAGCUCUAUGAAGAGAUUGUCACAGUUAAGCAAAAGAUCCAAGACUCAACAUUGCAGUCUAAUUCUGUCAAUGUGAGUACAAUUCCGCAGAAUUCAUGCAAGUUGAAGCUUUACAACACAUUAACAGGCCACCUGAACAAAGUAGCAAAGAUUUGUUGGAAUACAGAGUCGUCGAGGAUCCUAUCGGCUUCACAGGAUGGGUUCAUGAUUAUUUGGGAUGCAGUUACCGGUUUCAAGAAACAAGCAAUCCAACUAGACAACCCAUGGGUUCUAACUUGCAGUUUAUCACCAAAUGAAAAAAUGGUUGCUUCAGCGGGAUUGGAUAAUGCUUGCACAAUUUUCAAAAUCAAAGCUGACACGAGUAAUAAUCCCGUUCAACAAACAAAUAAAAGAGAAGGCGUCUUGACCAACUCAUUUCCAAUGCAAGCUGGAUUUUAUCAGUCAGUACAAUCAAUUUUUAAGGGCCACACUGCAUAUAUAUCAGACUGUGAAUUCAUCGGGAACAACUCUAUAGUCACUGCAAGUGGUGAUAUGACUUGUUCAUUAUGGGACGUAACAAAGGGAUCUAAAUCCCGUGAUUUUAUCGACCAUGUAGGUGAUGUCUUGUGCUUGGCAAUCUUUCCGAAAGACAUUCUACUGGACAACCUUUUUAUCAGUGGAUCAUCUGAUGGAUACGUUAAAGUUUGGGACUUGCGACAAGCAACGCCUACACAAAGUUUUAGUAUUUCUAAUAGUGAUGUCAACUGCGCAAAAAUAUUUCCGGAUGGCAACGCAUUUGCAAUUGGGUCAGAUGAUGGUCUAGUGAGACUAUUUGAUUUAAGGAGUGACUGUGGAUUGGCUAACUACUCAUUGCAGCUGGCUUUAAUCAAUAGCCAGACGGCGUUGGAAGGCUUGCCGCAGUUGCACUUGCCUACAAGAGAAUUGUCAGAUGUAGCAGCCAACAAAACAGUCACCAAAGCUUCAGGAACCACGGAUAAGGCAAGUGCUCUUGCCACUUCCACCUCCAACACCAAUACUAGCACCAACAUCAGCAACAAUACCAACACCAAUAACAACAACAACAACAACAACAACAACCAACAAGCACAAAACUGUGAAAAUGAGUCUUUACGUGGAGGAAUUUUCAGCAAAAGUACAAAUAGCGACCGUGCAAGUAUCAACUCAAGGGCAUCGGUAUUAGAAAAUCAAGGUGUUUUCUCUCUUGACUUUGGCAAAAGUGGCAGAUUCUUAUAUGCGUGCUAUUCGGAAUAUGGAUGUGUCGUGUGGGACACUUUAAAGAACGAUGUCAUUGGGACUUUAGGUAAUGAUCAUUUGAACAAAAUCAGUAACGUUAGUGUAAGUCCUGACGGAAUUGGGUUAGCCACUGGCUCAUGGGAUGCCACAAUUAAAGUCUGGAGUGUUUAG